AUUUAUUUGACGGCGUUCUCCCCUCUCUCGUUCCCCUGCUUGACUGUGGCCAGCAACUGACCCUACCAUGCAGUCCUAUCUCCAAUACCGUCGCAUCGGCCAGGCGGUGCGCAGGCAGCUUGCUGACCUUCCUGAAUGGGGCCGAUGUCCGCAAGGAGAGGACAAGGAUACGAGUGACAACACCAGCGAAAAUGGUGAAACAAACCGGGAAAAAUGUUCCGAGCCGCGGUCACUAGCGAUGCCACCAGGCGUUCAGCCGAGAGGUAUCACGGAUAGUAUUGGAACACCUUCGUCAGUUUUUAUCGUCGACUGGGAGCAGGAUCGGGAUCCCAUGAACCCGCGUAACUUUAGUAUGGCAACCCGAAUCACUGCGACCCUGAUCGUGUCAGCCCUCGCCUUCGCAGUCGGCGCGGCAUCCUCAAUCGAAUCAGCUGUGAUACCCCAAAAUAGCGCCGCAUUCAACGUCAGCGAGGUCGUCGCCUCACUCGCGACAGGACUCUACCUCCUCGGCUUCGCCACAGGCUCCCUCGUUUCCGGCCCGUUAUCCGAAAUCCUGGGCCGCAACGCCGUGUAUAUCGGCUCGCUCACCCUGUUUAUGAUCUUCAUCAUGGCGAGCGGCCUAGCCCCCAACAUCGGCGCCCAGCUCGCCUUCCGCUUCCUCGCGGGCGUCUUCGGCUGUCCUCCUCUCACAUGCGCUGGCGGCACAAUCGCCGACCUCUGGAACCCGCUCGAAAAAACUCUCACCUUCCCCCUCUAUGCCAUCCUUUCCUUCGGUGGCCCCAUCUUCGGCCCCGUUAUCUCCUCUUACAUGGGCCAAGGCACCCUCUCCUGGCGCUGGACUAACUGGAUCAUGCUGAUAAUGUCCGGCCUCAUAAUGGCCCUGAUCCUCCUCUUCCAACCCGAAACCUACGGGCCCCUGCUCUUGAAAUGGAAAGCCGCACACCUACGCCAGGUAACAGGCGACAAGCGCUACCGCUCCGAAAUGGACGUUGAAAAGAUCGCCCUCUUCGACCGGAUCACAAGCGCCUGCGCGCGCCAGUUCUCUCUUACCAUCCAUGAGCCCAUCAUCCUGCUUAUAUCCCUCUACAUGACGGUCCUCUACAUCGUCCUCUUCACCUUCUUCGAUGGAUACCCGUACAUCUUCCAAGACGUCCACGGCCUAAGCCAGGGCCUAACAAAUAUCGCCUGGGUUGCCAUGUACGUCGGCAUCGCCCUAGCAAGCCUAUUGGUACCAGUUGUAUACAAAUGGACGAAAAAAGAAUUCCAAGCCGCCUCACCAACACCAUCCAACCUAAGCGAAUUCCCAGAAACACCCGAAAACCCACAUCCAACAAGACCAGAAAACAGACUCUGGUUCGCCAUGCUUGGCGCCCCCUUCAUCCCCAUCGGACUCUUCUGGAUGGGCUGGACAGACUAUAAAUCAAUCUCGAUCUGGUCCCCCAUACUCGCCUCCUCAGUCUUCGGCUUCGGGACAAUAACCGUCUUCAUAUCAAGUUACAUGUACGUGAUUGACUCAUACGAUAUCUACGCUGCCUCUGCGCUGGGCUUCAUGACUGUUUCGCGGUAUUGCGCUGCGGGAGGUAUGACGGUUGUUGGGAUCCCGUUUUAUAAGGAUAUGGGGGUGCACUAUACAUUGACUAUUUUGGGGUGUAUUAGUGCGGUGAUGACGCCUGUGCCGUAUAUCUUUUGGGGGUUUGGGGAGAGAAUCAGGUCUUGGAGUAGGUUUGCUGUUGCUUAGAUUUAUAGUUUUAUUCUACAUACCAUUUUGUAGAGAGGGUGUAAGAUAGAUAGGUAGAGGUUGAGGGUAACAUAGAGAUAGAAUAGAUCUAGA